AGAAUAUCUAGUUAGCUAUGCCCGGUGCUCAAGGGUAAUAGUGGUAAUCAGAUAGUGAUAAUGAGAAGAAAGCUAUUCCUAAUAAUACAGCUGCGCAUUGCUGUUGCUUUGGCACAGGACAUUUUUGGCUUCGGAGACUACGAGGAGGGUCCAUGUGGUCGCUGGAAGCCAGGUGAUGUCGAUCUACGCUCGUUCGAUCUGAUCCGGGAGUUCCAACUGGAAUCGAGCAGCCGGCAUGUGCACAGCAUCGAGGGUACCAACGUGCUGCAAACGGCUUACCGGUUGGAAAACGAAGCCAAUCUGACCAUGCGGGCGGUAGAUGCAUUCCCCCUGGGGCUUCCUCAUCAGUUUUCGCUGGAGUGUACCUAUAGGACGGAAAGCGAACCGGUAUCGGCGUGGCAUCUGUUCGAGGUCACGAACGAGCAUCACGAAAGUCAACUGGCCGUGACGAUGAAUCCUGGAAUGCAAACGCUGGAAAUAGGACUAACCGGGUUGGGGGGAGACCUGCAGGUCAUUGAGUACCACCAUUCUGCGCUGUUCGAUCAACGCUGGCAUAAGAUCAUGUUGGGAGUGACGAACGACUAUCUGAAUCUCUGGGUUGAUUGCCAACCGGUUCGGGACGUGGAGGGUAACUUGAAUGCACCGCUGGAGACACGAGGUCGCUUCGAUACCAACAACGGAUACGUUUCAAUAUCCCGGUAUGCGGAAACCUCCGUCAUGGAACCGGAGUCCCCAGUCGUGGAUCUGCAAUGGAUGGUGAUGAACUGUGAUCCUACGCGACCAGCUCGUGGAACUUGUGACGAGCUACCACUGUACGAUGUAGCGUACGUGGGAAAUCGUUUACCCACAGGGGAGGAGCCAAAAGCUGACUGCAAUGCGGUGUGUCCUCCUGGGUACAAUGGGACUGAUGGACUCCCAGGCCUUCAGGGUGCCCCGGGGCUUCCGGGAGUUAAAGGAGAACCUGGCUCAAAUGGUAGACGAGGUCCUCCUGGUCCUCGGGGACUGGAAGGUCCUUCAGGAGCAUCCGUUAGAGGCGAAAAAGGUAGCAUGGGUCAAAAGGGAGAAUCUGGCUCAGCGGCAGCAGCUGGGGUAGCUGUCAUAGGACCACCAGGCCUGCCUGGACCUCAAGGGCCACCCGGCGCUGGUAUCAAAGGGCAGAAGGGUGACCAAGGCGAGAUUGGACCACCGGGACAAAGAGGUGAAUCGAUUCGAGGACUAGACGGACUACCAGGGCAACAAGGAUUAACAGGACUGCCAGGAAUUGGAAUUAGAGGUGAAAAGGGCGAUCAAGGAGAUACCGGACCUCCCGGACGACCAGGAGAUUCAUCUCCUGGAAUUCCAGGUUAUAAAGGAGAUAAAGGAGAACCAGGUGAAGUGACCGCUGCUUUCGGUUCUGUUGGUGAGAAAGGAGACAAGGGAGAUAGCGGAGCACGUGGACCAACUGGUAUUCAGGGACUCCCGGGGGCACCGGGUACUAUGGGACCUCCAGGAAUGCCGGGAGCUCCAGCUGUUGAAAGCAGUUAUGCUACGGGGAACAUCGGUUUGGCUAUCCCGGGACCUAGAGGUGCACCGGGUGCACCGGGAGUUCCAGGUCUACCAGGACCCCCGGGACCUCCCAGCUCUUCAGGCGAGGCGUCAUCUUCAGGUGGUGGUAGAUAUUUCGAAAACAUGAUGUCCUAUGGGCAUCGUGGGCCUGUGGGCUACACGGGACUUCCAGGAGAGCGAGGUGCCGGUGGUGAUCGAGGACCAGAAGGUGGGUCGGGUUUGCCAGGAGUUCCGGGACAGGACGGUGCUCCUGGAAUGCAAGGUUCUCCAGGAGUUCCAGGGCAGCCUGGUGCAACAGGUCUUCCUGGAUUACCGGGGAGAAGUUACACAGAAUCAGAAGUACGGGAUAUAUGUGCGGCAGUUUUGAGAGAUCAUCUAGCGGAGUUGACUGAAGGUUUGAUGGGACCACCUGGGCUUCCAGGAGUAUCAAAGACUGGCAAACCAGGUUUGCCUGGAAAACCUGGACAAAAAGGCGAACGUGGCUAUCCAGGAUCACCAGGGGAUCGUGGAUACCCUGGAGAACAGGGCAACUCUGGUCUUCCAGGUACUCCGGGAGAUCGUGGAGAGCCUGGCUUGGAGGGUAGACCAGGACACGAUGGUUUUGGUAGGGAUGGUGCUCCAGGACCAGUUGGGCCUCCAGGACCACCAGGUCAAUCAGUUCAAGGUUUACCAGGUCGGCAGGGCGAAACGGGCCAAACGGGAAAACCUGGCGUUCCAGGUCUGCGUGGUGCACAGGGCAUUUCCGGUGUGUGUCCCAAUGAUUGCUUUCUUGCUGCAGCCGCGGCUGCACAAAGCUUUCGCACCAAUCAGCAAACGAAAGGUCCGUCGUACUAGU